AUGCACUACCAGCUGACGGCGCCCCGUGACGGGUCCCUCCUCCUCCUCCCCCCCUACACACACAAAGACACGCACGCCCUGAUCUCCCCCCUGCUGCUGCUGCUGCCGCGAAUGAUGCGUGGAAAUGGAAUUACCAUCGGAAGGCGCCUGGCGCAGGUUGACGACGCGAUGCCGUGUGCAUUACUACCUCAACUGUUACUCGUACUACUGAGGCGGCGAGCCCACCCUCCCCCGUUGUUGUCCUCCUCCCCCUCCUCGCCGCCCCCGCGGCGGCCGCCGUCGCGCCGUGGCAGUGAUGACCCCAACUUGUUUGCACAUUUGCCGACCCUCGUGAGCGACCCGCAGGAAUCUAGGAAGAUUGUUUCGUUUGUCUGUUUGUUUUUAUCGUUUUUUUUUGAAUUUAGUAGUGAGAUUUUGUGUUUUUCUUCCUGCUAUGCAUAUUUGUUGUUUUUAUUUUUUUCUUUUUCUGUCUUGUUUUUUUGUCGUGGUAGCGCUGGCAUUGGGGUGGGGCAGUGUCGGCUUUAUCGACUCACUGAAUUCCUGCGGCUUGGCGCGAGGCAGAGUUCUGUGGUUGCCAUUAGCGAAUUGCGGCGGGCGGGCGUGUGUUUCUGCGCGAGCUGGCCCGGUGGAGUGGAUAUGGCGUUGAAUGGGUCGUCGUCCGUGGGCGUGGACCCGGACGAUGUCCAGACGCAGGUGGAUCUGCUUUACGAGCACAUCCUCGCGAGUGUCAAUACGUCGCUUGAUAACGUCCCUCGCGAAAGCCGUGGCGCGAACGGCGGCAAGCAGCGUCGGGUGCGACCGCGGAGUACGCCAGUGGUGCCAGCGGCAGCGGCAGCGGCGGUUAACACGCGGCGAGGGAUGACUGCGGCUGGUGGCGUCCCUGCUGGGGCGGUCGGGACGGAGCCGCCGGGCCCCUGCGUGGCGGAUGCGUUGGACGUGUCCACCACCACGGCGUCGACGAUUCUUCUGAGUGACGUGGGCCGUACGUGCGACUGCAGCUGCCACCGGCCAUGCGACGCGCGCGACGCCGGGGCGGAGCAGCUGCAGCGGCGCAGUGCGCACGGCGCAGAGACGUCAAGGGAGCGGGCGGGGGGCUUGCCACUCAGUCUGUUGCCGCCGCAACAGCGCUACACCCCCGUUACCGCGGCUAUAACUAACACACGGCGCAGCUCCGUUUCGCUGCGGCGGCGACGGCCGCCCUCGACAUUUGGCAGCGGUCGCAGCGGCAUGUGUGAUCCUAUUAUAAAGACGUCCGCGCCAGGGCCGGGGUCGUACUUCUGCGGCGACGCCGAUGACGCUGCGCGCUGCCGUGUUGCUGAGCAUCGUGGCCGUGGCGGCAAAGCCAUCGCUGAGGCUGACGGCGCUCCCGGCGACGCGCGCGAUGGGCACCGCAGUGCGGAGGAAGCGGCCAAGGCAUUGCGGCGCCAGUUCACGUUGCUGUGUCAGUGCUACUGGAAACAGUUUCCCGAGCUGGAGCUACCGACGAAUGCUGCGGCGCACGCGAGAAAUUGCCCGUGCCAAUCCAUCCGCACGGCACCCUCAGAGAGGGAGAGCCGCAGCAGCAGUAGCAGCAGUAGUAGUCGCAGCGGCGCUGCCGUGCGCGUGGGUGCAAGCAAAGCACGGCGGCGUGGGCCUGCCGUUCCUUCCACGUCAUCCCCGCAGCUUGCGGUGCAUCCGUCACCGAGCCGUGGCGCCGUGUUUGGCACCUCGCCGCGGCGAACGCUCUUCGCGGAGGAGACGCGGCGGGUGGCCCAGGCGAGGGGCGCGGAUCAGGAGAGGCGAGGUGAACGAGGCUCGGCAGUGCGCGACAUGGCGUCCGCGCGUGGAGGGCCGGCGGCGGCGGCAGCAGCAGCAGUAGCAGCGUUGGUGCCCGGGCCCGGCGCGUACAACGUCGCCAGCGCCUUUGACGCGACCUCCCCACGUCGGAGCUCGAGGGGCGUCUCCAUUGGACGGGCGGAGCGGCGGCUGCACACGUCGACGGAGUCGCCGGGGCCGGGGGCGUACGACAUCGCCCCCAAGGCGCAGACGGAGAUGCACGGCAAGAGGAACUACUUUCUCACGACAAGCCCGCGGCUGCUGCGGUUGGGGGCGAACCACGACGGCGAGGGAGGCCCUGGCCCCGCGGAGUACUCCACGGAGCGGGCAACAUGCACUGACGCACGACACAAAAAUGCACCGGCGUUUUCGUUUGGGCGCGCCAAGCUGCCGGGUGAGGCCGCGGCGGUCUGCAACACCGCCGCCGUGACGAGCGCCGAUGAGGCGGUUCCGGGGCCGGGAACAUACGACGUCCCCGCGACUCUGCCGGACGGUGGGGCUGUGAAGGUCGGAAGAAGUGCGGUGAUCCCGACCGCCAGACGCGACGCCAACCUUUGGCGUGGUGGGAAUUGCCCACCCGACGACGUGCCGGGUCCCGGGCAUUACGUGCUUUCAGCGGAGUCGACCGGGCCGCAGUGGACCUUCGCCGCGCGAUGGUCGCCGGCCCCCGUGGGGGAGCCCGCGCCUGGUCCAGGGGAUUAUUUUAUCCCUAUCUUUGAUCUGCGCCGGCAGCGCGCCGCGACGGCGUCCUUUGCGACGGCGCCGCGUUUUGCGCCUGCGGAAGUUGCCGCCGCGGCGAGCCUCCCUGGGCCGGGGGCGUACGACACGGACGGCGUAGCCGACGUCGCACGGUCGGCCUUCAUGGGGACGGCGCGCCGCACUCUCACGCUGGGCGCCUUCGCGGAUGAGGUGCCAGGGCCCGGCGCAUACGACCUUCAGCACUCAGCACAGGAGCGACACACCGCGAUUCCGCUCCUCGCCUCCGCCGCACCACGGUUUGACAGCCACGGCGGUGGUGACGCCGGUGCGCCGCUGCCUGGACCCGGGUACUAUGACCUUGGCGACCACGCGGCAACGCUCAAAACUCGCGGUGGGGUUAUUGGAACCGCGUCGCGGGGUCUGGCCCUUGACGCGGCUGCCGCCGCCGCUGCAACCGAUGCGGGUCCGGGGGCCUAUGACGUUACUCUGCCCGCGGGUGGUCCCUCCUUCUCUCUGCGGCAGCGGCUGACGGAUCCCGCCAUGGCGGCGGAGUUGACGCCUGGGCCAGGGAUGUACGACGCACGGGAAUUGGCGCAGGGCCCGAGCGCCGUCGUGGGCGUCGCGGCGCGUUUCCAGUCGGGUGACGCAGAGAAGCUGCGAGGCAGUGUCCCCGGUCCUGGCGCCUACGAAGCUGUGUUAUCCGCGGCGGCUUCCACUGCGGCGGUUUUUGGCACCAGCCCGCGUUUGCUCAGCAACGAGGAGGACGCCGUGGGGACGAGGAGGAUGAACGGUGGGCUUGGCCCCGGCGUCUACGAUCCGCAGGAGGUGAGGAGCAACGUGGCGGGUGCCGCGUGGGGCACCAGCGCCCGCUUUCUCCAGGACGCAGCCAGAGAAGUGCCCGGGCCUGGGGCGUACGAGGUUGCCGCCCCUUCGCCCCCGCGCGGCUUUGUCUUUGGGACGGCAAACGAUAACUCGGACUGGCUUCUCCCCGUCGACGCGGCGGAGCGCCCUGGGCCCGGGUCAUACCUCCCGCAAGCCUCGCAAGAGCGGACGGCGUCUGCGGCGGUGUUUGGUUCCUCACCGAAAAAUUUGCUUUCGCCCGAAGAGCGAGAGAGCUUCAUGCGCAGGCACCUUGGCCCGGGCUCGUACGACGCGACGCUGCAGGCUCCACACGCGUUUCACGCGACCUUUGGGGCCGCCGACCCGAGGCAGCUGGAGCAGGUAAAGGUGGCUGACAAAACCCCCGGUCCGGGGCACUACAGCCCGGCCGAGAGCCGCGUUCCGCUGCCGCGGGACGUGGUGUUUGGCACCGCCGCCCGAAUGCCGCCAUCGGAGGACGCGGGGCGGACUCCGGGCCCCGGCGCGUAUGCGCCCGCGCUGCAGCCCGGCGAGGCGUCCCCAACUGGCCCGGUCUCCUUCCCGACGGCCCCACGCUUCCAGGACGCGGCAGGUGCCGACGGCAACGCCGCCACCCCAGGACCGGGCGCCUACGACGCGGACGGUGCAGGGGGUCAGGCGCGGAGCGGGGGCGCCGUCGUGUUCGGAACAGAUCCCCGCAUCCCAGACCACGAGCGCCGUGCGCGGGCGCUUUUCCCGGGUCCCGGCCAAUAUCAAUGCUCCCACGAGGCGACGACGGCGCAGGGACCGGCGUACUCCUUUGGCAAGGAGCCCCGUCUCACAGUGGAGGCGGAGGAGGCUGGAGGUGGGGGCGCCGGCGUCCCCGGUCCAGGGGCGUACGACGUCGCCAUUCCAACUUUCACCGCCCCCGCCACUCGCUUUGGAACCGCGGGUCGGACGAUGGGGCCGGUGUCUCUCGCGGAGGUUCCGGGCCCCGGCACGUACGAAGUGGCGGCGGUGGCGGCGCCUGCCUAUCGAUUCUCAACGGCACCGCGCGAGCUUCACGUGGGGGUUGGUGACACCCCCGGGCCAGGCCAGUACGACGGCACCGGCGCUGAGGAAAACGGGCGGCGCCGCUUCAUGGGACCGUCAUUCCCUACAGAACCGCGUUUCGCUGCCGAGAGAGAGGCAGAUGUCCUCCUCCCAGGUCCGGGGCAGUACUCGCCGCAUCACCCGCAGUGGGAUGCGUCGCAGGCCUAUUCCUUUUCAUCCGGCAAGAAGGAGCCCUUUGGCGGCGACACCGAAUUGCCUGGACCAGGCACAUACAACCUCGCACUUUCUCCCACUGGGCGUGCCAUGCGCUUCGGCACCGCCGCGAGAGGCGUUGAGCACGCAGGCCAGGACGGAGAUCUGCCCGGGCCAGGCACAUACGACGUCAGCAUGAACACGCACGACGGGCCCGCCUUCUCGCUGCACCGCACCGCACCACGUGGACCCACACUGGGGGAGGUGGAACAGACGCAAGUCCCAGGACCCGGCACGUACACGUUGCCGCCUGCCUUCCCUGCGACAGAGGGUGCCGGGGCGGUGGCCUCCUUUUUAAAGGCGGAGCGUUUUGCGGCGUCCGGCGGCGGCGAUGGCCCGCAGAUGGUGCCCGGGCCAGGCUACUACGACCCACAACUGCCGCAGCCGACAGCUGGGCCGAGCAUGGGCCGUGCGCCGCGUCUGGCUGAGGUGGGCGGCGCUGCCGCGGGUGGCGCAGACCUUCUCCCAGGGCCGGGGCAUUACGAAGUGGCGCGCGGAGACCCCGUCCUCGCCACAACACUGGACGGAGGCGUGGCCAUGCGAUUUACCGCCGCGCGUUUUCCUCCCAGUGCCGAGUUCGCGGCGUCCGAAAUGCCGGGUCCAGCGUCGUACGAUCCCGUGGCGCAGCAAACCGCGACGGGCGCGCCGUCAUUUCCCCAUGCCCCACGUUUUCUGCCGGCUGAGACGCGGGACGGGGCGGAGCAGCCGGGCCCGGGCGAGUACAGCACCCCCUCCGCGUGGCCGCCCUCGCAGGGUGCCGGGUACUCGUUUGGCACAAGUACCCGGCUGGAGUGCGUGAAUGCCGCGCGGGAGGUUCCAGGGCCGGGCAGCUACGACACAGACCGCUACGCCACACGGUACAUGACGGGUCCGGCGUUUACGCUGUUGGGGAAACCAACCUACAACGAGGCGCAGGAGGGUGGUGAGAAUCCUGGGCCCGGCACCUACGCCCCGCAGCCGGUGGAAGCCGCACGCUCGGCCACAAUUGGAACCGCCCCACGAACAACCACCGAAAAGGCGGAGGAUCUUCCGGGGCCCGGGGCCUACUUGACGGGCGGGCCAAUUGUGGUGCCGAGCCAGCCCGCGUUUAGCUUUGGCAGCGCUUCUCGUCCUGACAUCGUACCACGCACGCAGGAUGACGUCCCGGGUCCUGGCGAGUACCAUCACCCCAUUGACCCAAGGCCGUCGAGGCCGGUGUUUACGUUUGCCGGGGCUGAACGCUUCGAGGAGGUGGAAGGGAGCCUGCGUACGCCGGGCCCGGGGGAGUACUACCGCCCCCCUCCCGCAAAUCCCACGCGCGGUCCAUCCUUCGCUUCCCCCUCGACCGCCACGGCAGUGGCGGCUGAGGCAAGUGCAGAAGCCGGGGGUGGCCCGGGCCCGGGGGCGUACUUUCGCCCCUCCCACUGGGACAUGACAGGGCGCGGGCCGACGUUUCCCAUCACGCUGGGUCACUUUCCGCCGACGUUGGGGGCGGAUACGCCCGGACCCGGGGCCUAUCACGUGGCGCCGCAGGCCCCCCCACCGGCCGCCGCAAGGACGGCGCAGAGAAGAGACUCAAGGCCGCCGUAA